AUGACGACAUCUUCACGUCCAGUAUCCGCCCAUCUGCGCUGCGUCUCCGGUUUCUUUCGUAUGGACAUGUCAGACGAAGCAGUGGACGAGAUGGGGGACCCGCCGUUGCGCAUGGGACUCUUGGAUGGCAAAUCCUGGGCAGAUGUCUACGCGUAUAUGGACAAGUUCGAGGUCCGACAUCCCUCUCGACGGAUCAAGUUGGUGAUUCUGCUACGACAUGGAGAAGCCACACACAACGCCACCAAGGCCCGAGUCGGUGCGAAACUAUGGCAGCAACAGUACGAGAGAUUGCUCGAGUUCAUUGACGCCCCAUUGACAGCACGCGGCCAGGAGCAGGCUGAAGCUGCUGCUUCGAUGCUCGAGGAGCAGAUCAAAGACUGCGGGCUGCAACUCCAACGAGUGUUUGUCUCUCCGUUGGACCGCACGUUGCAGACGUACGACCGGGUGUGUCACCGACGGCGGGACAUUCCCGUGUCCGUGAUGGAGCUAGCGAGAGAGACCCUUGGAGUCGUCAACUGCGAUCGACGCAAAGUCAUCACCUCCAAGCGAGAGGCGUAUCCGCACUUGGACUUUGUCCAUGUAGCAAGUGACGAUGACACGUGGUGGCAACCAGACCAUCGAGAGACGAGCAGCGAGGUUGCUGCAAGAGCGGCCACGUUCCUGGACAAGGUGCUGGACAAGGUUGACGAGCGCUGCGUGCUCGUUGUCUCGCACAGCGGCUUUUGUCGCGGCUGUUUUGCGGCAGUGGGUCAUCGCUACUAUCGACCUAGAAAUGCAGAGUUCAUCCCCAUGUUGCUUACUGACGCGAGAGAGGACGAGUUGCAGUAG